AUGGAUUCUCCAGAAAUGGCAGUGGAGGCAGAACCUAACCCUGGAAGUCCUGAAAUAGUCUCUGUGCCCGAAGAAGAAUUGCAAGCAGCUGAGAUUCCCUUUUCCUUUAAAUCGAUUUUUGGUUUAGACGAUUCGAAAAUGGAUUCUGGUGAAGGAGGACCAGAUGCUGAUGCAGUAGCUGCCCACUUACUAUCCUUAAUCCCACUGAAGUUUUUUCCAGUCAUUGUCAUUGGCAUCAUUGCACUAAUCCUAGCUGUGGCCACUGGGCUGGGCUUUCACUUCAACUGUUCUGGGAAGUACAGGUGCAGAUCUUCCUUUCAGUGUAUUCAGCUGACAGCCAGGUGUGAUGGCAUCUCCAACUGUAAAGAAGGGGAGGAUGAAUACAGAUGUGCCAGGGUGAGUGGUCGGAACGCUGUGCUUCAGGUAUUCGUGACUGGUUCCUGGAGGACUGUUUGUUCGGAAAACUGGAAAGAUCAUUAUGGAAAUGUAGCCUGCUCCCAGUUAGGAUUCUCAAGCUAUAUAAGUUCGAGUCCCAUUCGCAUGGGUGCAAUAGAAGAGGAGUUUCGGGCUGAAUUUGUUUCCAUCAAUCACUGGCUUCCAGACAAUCAGGUCACCUCCUUGCACCAUGCAAUGUACUUAAGAGAGGAAUGUGCUUCUGCCCAAGCAAUCAUCUUAAAAUGUGUAGCGUGUGGUCUGAGGGUUGGCUACACCUCCCGUAUCGUUGGUGGGAACAUGUCAUUGCCUAUGCAGUGGCCCUGGCAGGUCAGUCUCCAGUUCCAGGGCUACCACUUGUGCGGUGGAUCGCUCAUCACACCUGUGUGGAUCGUCACAGCGGCCCACUGCGUUUUUGAUCUCUACACUCCUAAAUCUUGGACUGUGCAAGCGGGUUUGGUCAUCCUGCCGGACACUCCAGGCACCCCUCGCUUGGUGAAAAAAAUCAUCUAUCACAGCAAGUAUAAGCCGAAGACCCUGGGAAAUGACAUAGCACUGAUGAAGCUAGCUGAACCCCUCACUUUCAAUGGUUUGAUCCAGCCCAUCUGCCUGCCCAAUUCUGAAGAGCGAUUUCCUGUUGGGAAAGUGUGUUGGACAUCGGGAUGGGGGGCCACAGAAGAUGGAGGUGAAGCUUCAGCUGAGCUGAACCACGCUGCCGUCCCUUUGCUUUCCAACAAAGUAUGCAAUCACAGGGAUGUCUAUGGAGGAAUCAUCGCUCCUUCAAUGCUCUGUGCAGGUUACUUACAGGGAGGGGUGGACAGCUGCCAGGGUGACAGCGGGGGACCCUUGGCAUGUGAAGACAGAAGGGUCUGGAAAUUGGUGGGAGCUACCAGCUUUGGGAUCGGCUGUGCCGACGUAAAUAAACCGGGAGUCUACAGUCGCAUCACCUCUUUCCUGGACUGGAUACAUGAACAGAUGGAGAGAGACCUGAAAACCUGAAGACUGUACUGGUGAACCGCCGGAUUGCAUUUUCAUCCUGAUUGCCCCCCUGCUCUGCAGAUAAAAAGCAACAACUAAAAAAAUCACUCUUCAUUACCUCCGACCCCAAAACAAAACUCUUUGUUAAGAGCAAAUGCCUUUGCUUUUCCCUUGCUGGUACAAAAAGAGCCAAAAGGAUGGAAGAGCAACCUUGUCACCUGCAUAGAGCACACUGGGCUAUGGAAGCUGACUUCCAAAUACUGUGGUUAUUCUUCCUGGUUUGGGACUGCAUUCAAACAGGAGAAAAAUGGUAUUUACUGAGUGUCUAUUGUGUACGGAGCACUGUACGAAGUGCUUGGGGGAGUACUGUAGAUCUAGGCAACAAUGUCAGAAAACCUAUGAAAGCUGAAAAGGCAGAUAGUAGCCACAAUAAGAAGGACUCCCUCUCACCUCCCCCUCCUCUCACCCCCAAUCACACAAAUAACAAAAACUUUGCAAGAACUCAAAGAGAAGGCAAUGGUAAUUUAAAUGAGUGCCUUCUACCCUUCCUCCGGCUACAUUUUUUUUCCCCUUUAGGGAGCAGGAACAAACUCAAACUUUCAUACUCUGAGAUCUUAUUUCAACAUUAGAUUAGGUUGGGAUUUUGUAAAGGGUUUGUCCUCCAAAGUGCUGAUAAACCUUAAUCUGUUUGGCCAUUACUCAAAACUUCUUCAUGGAAACAGAAACCACAAGCUUAAUUCUUCCCGGAUCUUGCAGAAAACGUGGCCAUGUGAUUGUUUGCCCAAGGUCAAAAUGGUUCUAGUCAAUCAGAGAUUAUGAAUUUUUCUGCCACCUAGAAUGUCUCUCAAAAUACCACAAUUGCUUUUACUCAGUAGUAGAGACCUAAAACAGGGCAGCCCACAGCACAGUCCCGCUGCAAGAUAUCUAACAACAUCUCAACCAGCACAAGCAACGAACCAUCUAAUUCACUGUGGCACCCAUCAUCUCUGUGCUGGAAGUUUCUGUGUCAUUGAUUCAAACCAUAAAACUAAAAUAUUUGACAGGGGACGAUAUUAUUUUUAUAGCAACAUCGUGGCUUCCUCCGAAUGACUCGAGGAGAUCUGUCCCUCUGGUUUUGUUAUAAAUGUCCUGUCUUCUUCCACUUCAUAAAAAUCAAUGCAGGCAGGGGUUUACUCUUCAAAUAAAAGGAAUGUGGAGGGCUAAGUAGUUUGAUGUUGGGCAAUAAACUAAAGAGUUUUUGCACUCUUCCAUAGUGUCAAUCUAACCUAGGUGAGGUCACCUUGCUAACCCAAAGUCACUAACCUUCUGAUGGCUAAAUACAGGUUGGCUGAAAAUGCCUUAGGGUUGGAGGGUGACCAGGCAUCAUCAGCCCCAUGGAGAAAUAACCUCAGGAAACAGGCUCCACAAGGAGACUGACUGGGAAGUUGGGCCCCUGUCACCUUCCGCUUCCGCAACUGCCAUGAGAGGGCCAGCGAUAUUAGCCAGUGGUGAGAGGAAGUUCUCCUAAAAGCGAUACCGAAUGGUAGACAAACUGAGGGUUAGGGGUGCAAAGUCAUCAACCUAGCCUCUUCCUCCACAAUUGAAUCUGCAAGUUGCUAAACGGGUGGUCGAGUACCUUCGAUAUUUAGAUCUGCUUUUUCUCCAUUUUACCAAAACUGAAAGGCAGAUUAAGCUCCAAAGCAAUAAUUAUGUGGUCACCAUAAGUGGGUGUCUUUUGCAAAAUCACAGGUCCUGCUAUGGCAAUGGGGGAGUCAUGGAAGGUAUGUGUUGAGGGACCUAUACAAAGAAGCACUUAUAAGACCCCCGGAAACAAGCCUAGUUUGGUUACUAAGUGGAAAGCAUCAUGUUCCCAGAUACUCAUUUAGCAAUAACAACUUAAAAGGAAUGAGCUAAAUUUAUUUCAGUUGCAGGAAAAUCAAACCAUCUUGAUUUUUUUUCCUGAAGUAUUUAGGCAAAUCUUCAGGUUAGAGGUGUGGCUUUCCAGCUAAAUGUCCCUCUCAAAAAAGGAAACAGUCCAAAGGAAAGCAAAAGUCUGACUCCCCUGCUCCAUUGUAAAUUCCUUGGGGCAGGGAUUAUGUUUCUUAGUUCAAAUGCCCUUUCCCAAGCAUUUAGUACAGUG